GUCAUCUGCUCAUGGUACUUUUUAACGCUGCCGCCAUUCUAAACAAUUGCUGGGUGUGUCGUUUCAUUUGUUGCUAUAAACAAAAAUUUAGUGCAUCGAACUUCGUUAAAUAAUAUAUUAAGCAAACAGGAAGAUGUUUCGAAUAUGUUUGUUAAGUAUAUUUUUAUAUCUGAUGCUGUGGAAGGGUAUAGAUGCACAACAUCACUACCAAUUUGAAAAAGAAAUUAGAAGCAUAAUUUGGUGUACAAAAAGUCUAGAGGAACAAUACAAAUGUCAAAAUCUCACCAUUGCAAUCGAACGAGACCGGGCAUUGUUCGAUGAUGCGUAUCUUAAUGUUACAUGUUUUUUGGGCUACAGUGCUGACGAAUGUAUACACCAUAUUGACCAUGAGAAAGCUCAUAUAACCACACUCGAUGCGGGUGAUGUGUUUACGGCUGGCAGAUAUAAUUCGUUAGUACCUAUAAUGCAAGAAAAGUUCACUGGAGGCCUAAGAAAUUAUCAUGCUGUGGCUGUUGUUAAAAAAGACUCAUUACAAGAUGUUUAUAGUUUAAGAGACUUGCGGAACAAGCGUGCUUGCUUCCCAUGGGUGGGUAGCAUGGCCGGUUGGAUUGUGCCCAUAUAUACGCUGCAACAUGAUGGAGGCAUGGAAGUUGUGGACUGUAAUAAUCAAGUAAAAACCGCUGCUAAUUUCUUUAACAAUUCCUGUGCCGCUUACUCAUUGAUUAACAAGUAUAAUCCAAUUGGAGAUAAUUCUGACAAGUUAUGCGCUCUUUGUACUGGAAAAAUACCUGGUGGGAGAUGCUCAGCCAAAGAUCCCUAUUAUGGCUAUGAUGGUGCUUUCCGCUGUCUCUUGGAAUCAGGAGAUGUAGCAUUUCUUCGCGACUCAACUGUGAUGGAAAUGUUGCAGACUAAUCAGUUUAGCAGCUUAUCGCCUGACCGGUUUGAAUUACUUUGCCGUGAUGGUCGUCGAGUUCCUGUAAACGAUUACCGACAAUGUCACUGGGGUAGUAUUCCUUCUGAUGCUAUAGUUACAUCUUCAGCUCGAAAUACCCUAGAACGAAAAAAAUUUCAACAUUUCCUUCGACGCACAAUCGAACUUUAUUCCGAUGCACUACGUGAAGAAGCCAAUGAGCAGAACGUUCGCUUGAACGGUGAAUCGGGAAAUAAUUUCAAUUUUAACAAUAAUAACAGAGAUCAAUAUGGAAAUCCUUAUGGAGCUAAUAACAAUAAUCCUUAUAAUUCCAAUAACGCAUACGAUACGUCCAAUACUUAUAAUCGGAAUCCCUAUGAUAAAUACGAUGGUACUAUUGGUGGUAAUAGUGGUUUUCGUAAUGAUCGUUUGGAUUCGAGUUUCACAACAGAACGCAACUACCCGGAGGGUACUAACGAAACCAUUUUAUAUGAAAAGUUUCGCAUAUUUGAGUCACGUCGUUAUGGCAGAGCAAAUCUAAUGUUCCAAGAUUCCGCGCGAUCUUUAGUUGAAAUUCCAGAAGAUGAUCAAUCCUUUAGCAAAUAUUUACAUAACACAACGACAUACAUUUAUGGUAUACGUGAAUGUCCCGUGCCUAGUAUGACGCUGUGUGUAACUUCAGAUCCUGAACUGGAGAAAUGUAUUAAAAUGAAGAUUGCAUUAAAGGCCCAAAUAUUGAAACCAGAAUUGAUUUGCAAAAAGAUGCAUUCACAUAUAAAUUGCAUGCAAUGGAUUCAAUCGGGUAAAGCUGAUAUCGCCGUAUUUGAUGCUGGCGAUGUUUAUACUGGGGGUUUAAAUUAUGACUUGAUUCCCUUCAUGUCGGAGGUGUACAAUUUAGGCGAACCAGAGUAUUACGUUGUUGCGGUUGCAAAGGAAGAGGAUCCCGAUACAGAGCUUACUUACCUCAAGGGCAAGUACACUUGUCAUACUGGCAUUAAUACAGCUGCUGGCUGGACUUACCCAAUGGCUUUCCUUAUCUCAAACGGCUGGAUACGUCCGUAUGGUUGUGAUUCUGUACGUGCCGCGGCCGAAUACUUUACCAAAUCUUGUUUACCUGGAGCUAUCAGUAAUGAAUAUAACACUGGCGUACCCUAUGAUAGCAUGUGUGAUCUCUGUCAUGGCACAAGUUAUCGUUAUUGUAGACGUGAUGCAUCAGAAGAUUACUAUGGUCAUACGGGUGCUUUCCGUUGCCUUGUGGAGGGUGGUGGCCAUGUAGCAUUUAUGAAACAUACUACCGUCAUGGAAAGCACAGGGGGCAAACGUAAAGAAUGGUGGGCGCGAAAUGCACUCAACGACGAUUUUGAACUACUUUGCACUGAUGGCACACGUGCAGAGCUACAUGAUUAUAAAAAAUGUAAUUUGGGUAAGGUGAAAGCAAACGCAAUUGUUACCCGUGGUGGCUUGAACUACAAUGAAACUCAAAUCAAUGCCUACAUUAAUUUACUAACCUAUGCUCAACAACUUUACGGUCGUAAAAAUACUGACACUUUCAGCUUCAGUAUGUUCUCAUCAGUAAUGGGAUAUUACGAUUUAAUCUUCCAAGAUGCAACACGGCAACUGCGCGUUAUACCACCAAAUCAACGACGUUAUGAUAUCUACUUGGGCAGUAACUUUAUGCGUGCUCGUCGUAUUACCGAUUGCUAUGCCGGAGCAGCACAAUUAGUAAUUUCAUUACCCCUCUUCUUUAUUAUAUUUGCUUUUUUUGUGGGACUUUAAGUUAGCACAAUUCUAGUGUAUUCUAGUUAUAUAUAGAUAUAUAUAUAUAUAUAUAUGUCUGGAGAUUGGGCAUAGUUCUUUGAUGGUUUAAUUAUUAUGCAAACAAAUCUGUUAGUGUAAGUUAAAGAAAGGGCAUGUAAUAACUUUACCGUAUCUUAAUUUAAUUUUUUAUAACUUUAUGGACUUGAUGCAUAUCGGAUUUUUAAGCACAAAAAUGUGACUAUUUUAUACAUACAUACAUAAAUAUCUCGAAUAAGUAAUUAUUGUUGUUCACAAGCCUUUGUAUAAUUCCAAUAGUUCAUAAGUAUAACAAACUUUGAAACUUAGUGCCUUAUAUUUAACAUUCCGUCCAAAUUUAUAUACUGUAUGAAACAUUCCGUCCAAAUUUAUAUAAUGUAUGAAACAUUCCGUCCAAAUUUAUAUACUGUAUGAAACAUUCCGUCCUUGUUUGUUUACACAUUUGUAAGCCAAUAAUAUUGUUGGUACUUUAGUGCUAAGCAAGUAUAGAAAUCUGCUCUCUGUAAGUAUACAAAUUUCAUUUUAUUAAAAGACAUAUCAAGUAACAAA